AUGGAAUAUUGUAAUGAAGCUUUUCCGAAUGAAAACAGGACCAAUAAUGUUAAAAAAUUAAAUGGCAGUAUUGAGGAUAGACUUGAAAAUAAUUGUGUUACUCAUGAUUGUAAUAAUACUGAAAACAAAGAAGUAUGUGGUAUACGACAAGACGGACCAGGAUAUAGAAUAAGAUUAUUUCGCAACAAAUGUGAACUAUACGAAGUAAAUUGUAAAGAACGCACAGAUUUCUUUCUAACAGAUUUAUUUAUUUGUAAGUCAGCACUAAAUUAUAGUGAAACCACUCAAGUACAAGAAUUAAAUUAUAUUAAUAGAAACAUCAAAGAUCAAAUUAAUUCUAUAAGAAAUUUGGUUAUUAUAAAUGGCGCUAUGCUUGGGAAAAAUACUGAUAUUAAUGAUACGAUUGAUAAUUUCUUUGCCGCUACUCAUGUUUUCGAUUUACCGAUGAAAGAAAUGAAUCCUCUCAACACAAGGCGUAGGUUGAUAAAGAACGCCGGGCCAAUCAAGAUAUUUGUACCUCUGAUUGAUAUUCCCAAAGAAAAGAAAAAUGAUACUUAUCACCAGCCUACGCUAUCGUCAUGCUACCACAAGUGCCCAACGAAAUGUCCGGACACUUAUGCCCCAGUUUGUGGUGUUCCCGGAAUAGUGGCCCGGGAACCGGCUUUAAUGUUCAAAAACCAUUGUUUUAUGGACGUAGCUCAAUGUAAGAUGUUUUGGGAAAAUAAGAGCAGUACUUCACAUAGCUCGUCUUACAUAGAAUCUUCGUUCCUUUUUUGUAUGGGAGAUGAGAUGAAUGCUCUGUACAGGUUUCUACCAGCAAUAAGAACACUUCAGAGGAUGGGGCGCUUGAAGAAAAAGGGAAAAUUCAGGGCCAAGUUGAAGAACUUCAGGUUUAUUAACGAGUUUCGAUCUGGACGUCCUAACUUUAUGGGAUAA